AUUAUCAUUGUUGAAAUAAGCAUGAUCAGGGACAAAGAACAUAAGAUUGGGAAGAGUAAGCAUCUUGAUGAGAAAGAGUGUUUACUCUAUUAUGGCAUAGAGAGGGUUGUGAGGGAGGAACCAGACCUCGCUGAAGCUGGUUUUGCAAACCGUGUAGUCGUCCUAAAUCCUUCCUCCAUAUCGGCGUUCUCCCGGAGUUUCCCCUUCCAACCAGAGCUAGAAGAUAAAAGAUCAUAAUAAUUCUCCACAUUUCUUAAUUAGCUGAAUAAGAAAAUAAGUUGCUAAUUAGGGAAAUAUUGAACUAUUAUAACAGUAAGAAGAAGUAUACGAAAAUGAAUGAAUAAAGCGUUUAUGGAACUCCAGCAACGAAAGGGUCCGAUCUAUAUAUACAUGUAUGAGUGGUUUAUUUUAAAUGAUUUUGAAAUUUUGUAUCUUUGUUAAUGUCAAACCAAGUGAAUUUGAACGAUGCUAAAUUGGUACUUUUGUCAAACUUUUAAUGAUGCUUUUGUGAUAUUGACUCGUUCUUUGUUAUAUAUGCCUCAGUGUAAUGUCUUGUGCUCAACUUUUGUAUACAAUUAUAAGAAGCGUUUAGUCCCCGUUGUUGUGUCAUUUGGGUGGGUUGGUUGAUCUUUUUACUGAUUUGUUUCACAUAUUAUGUAAGCAACCCAAAAACUGGAAGAAAAGAAAGAACGUCAUCCCUUUAUAUUUAUGAAGAAUGUUUUAAGCAUUAGAAUCAGAAUACAAGAGAAAUAAGAACCAAACACAACACUUAGCCGACAAAGAAUAAUAAAAUGCUAGGUUGCAUGGAAACGGAAACGGAAACGGAUACGUUGAAACGACACGUUUCGAAACGUGGAAACGUGAUUUUUGAUUUUUUAUGCUUAGGAAACGUUUUAGAAACGUCUAUAAAUAUAUAUAUAUAUAGGUAUAUAUAUAACUGAUUAAUAUUUGCAUUCAUUUUUAUUAUGUUUACUGUAUCUUAGAAUACAAAUAAACAAAUAUUCAUUCUAUUUAAUCAUACGAAAAAAAUAAGCCAUUAUUAAACAUCAAAUCAUAUAAAAAAUUCAAAAUAACAAAAACCCAGUACUUAAAUAUUAAAUAGUUUAACUAAAAUAAAAAUCAUAACAACAAAUCAUAACUAAUUAGAAAGUUUUAGCGUUUCCUGAACAAAAACGCGAGUUUCCAAAAUAGAAAUGCAAGUUUCCACUAAGUUUCCAAACUGAGAUUUUCAAGAAACGAGUUUUCAAUGCGUUUCCGCGAGUUUCCAAAAGAUUCUGAUUCCGAAACGUUUCCGAAACGUGAAACGUACCUUCGACCGAGUUUCCAUGCAACUUAGAU